AUGUGGCCUGGGAACACCAGGUUCUUAAGUAAAAUGCUGGCACUUAAGCUCAACUUGCAAAAUCUCAAAACAUCAUGCAAAACGAAUUUAAACAUCAACGAAUUAUUUCAAAGAGUUGUUGAAUGUUGUCAUGAUGCAAAGCAAGAACAGAUAAAACAGAAUGGUUAUGAUUCUGGCAUUCUAUCUAUCUCUGAAUGUGAUACACAACGCACUUCUAAGGAAAAUGUUGUGACAUUUGAGGGCAUUAUAAGGAAUCCAUGUUUAACCAACGUUCCAUAUGACUUAUCUAUUUCAGUUUGCGAAGCAUUAAUAAACUGCAGAAAGUCUGGCUUUCUAUCGAUGAAAAACAUUUUUAUGUAUUAUCGUUAUUUUUUUGUGAUGCGAAAAGAUAUGUUAUAUUGGUUUAGCAACAAUAAAAAUGCAACUUGUAUUGGUCAAUUGGAUUUGAAUGGGUGUGUAUCUGUCACACAUACAUGUCAAUAUAUUAACAUAAAGUAUUAUAGUGAACCAGGCAAAAGUAUCAGUAGUAUAUGUUUAUAUGCAUACAACAAACAAGAAUGCGAAGAAUGGUUAAAUUUGUUACCAAGUCAGAGUAGAGCUAAUGAAAACCUGAAAAACGAAAAAAACCCAGAUAUGAUUCCUUUGGAUAUUAUUGGCAAACUUCAGUUUCGAAAUGAGAAAGAAAUAAAUGUGACUAUUUCAAAGCAAUCAGAUGAAGAAUGUGUGUUACAAUGCAUACCAAAACGGUUUUUGGGUUUCUUAUUUGAUUAUUCCGCUUCAUUCCAAUUUCCACUAAAGAGUUUCAGGUAUUAUAAAGACAUGAAAUCAAGUGGAGAAUUUUUAUUGACUAGUACUGACGUUUACAUGAAGCUUUGGUUUACACCAAAAAAUGAAAGGUAAUAUUCUAAAUAAAAG